AUGGCAAAAUCAGCUGAGAACAAGCUUCAGAGUCAGGAAGAUUUGGGUUCAGAUCUGGUUUUGUCACGAACAGUAUUCUAUGACAAGGUGCUUUCUUUGCACGAGGAUUCGGCAACCCCUGUGUCUAACCCUCUGCUUGCAUUUACUCUCAUCAAACGGCUACAGUCUGACUGGAGGAAUGUAGUACAUAGUCUGGAGGCCAGUGAGAACAUCCGAGCUCUGAAGGAUGGUUAUGAGAAGGUGGAGCAGGACCUGCCAGCCUUUGAGGACGUUGAGGGAGCAGCAAGGGCCCUGAUGCGGCUGCAGGAUGUGUACAUGCUCAACGUGAAGGGCCUGGCCCGGGGCGUCUUCCAGAGAGUCGUUGGCUCCGCUGUCACUGACCUGUACAGCCCCAGACGGCUCUUCUCCCUCACAGCAGAUGACUGCUUCCAAGUUGGCAAGGUGGCCUAUGACAUGGGGGAUUACUACCAUGCCAUUCCAUGGCUGGAGGAGGCUGUCAGUCUCUUCCGAGGAUCUUAUGGAGAAUGGAAGACAGAGGAUGAGGCAAGUCUAGAGGAUGCCUUGGAUCACUUGGCCUUUGCCUACUUCCAGGCUGGCAAUGUUUCGUGCGCCCUCAGCCUCUCCCGAGAGUUUCUCCUCUACAGCCCAGAUAAUAAGAGGAUGGCCAGGAAUGUGUUGAAAUAUGAAAAGCUUUUGGCAGAGAGCCCCAACCAGGUGGUAGCUGAGGCUGUCAUCCAGAGGCCCAAUGUACCCCACCUGCAGACCAGAGACAUCUACGAGGGGUUAUGUCAGACCCUGGGAUCCCAGCCUACUCACUACCAGAUCCCUAGCCUCUACUGUUCGUAUGAGACAAAUUCGAGCCCCUACCUGCUGCUCCAGCCUGUCCGGAAGGAGGUCAUCCACCUGGAGCCCUAUGUUGUUCUCUACCAUGACUUUGUCAGUGACGUGGAGGCUCAGAAAAUUAGAGGGCUUGCAGAACCGUGGCUACAGAGGUCUGUGGUGGCAUCCGGGGAGAAGCAGUUGCCAGUGGAGUACCGAAUCAGCAAAAGUGCCUGGCUGAAGGACACCGUCGACCCCCUGCUGGUGACCCUUGACCAUCGCAUUGGUGCCCUCACAGGCCUUGAUGUCCAGACUCCCUACGCAGAGUAUCUCCAGGUGGUGAAUUAUGGAAUUGGUGGUCACUAUGAGCCUCACUUUGACCAUGCUACGUCACCAACUAGCCCACUGUACAGAAUGAAGUCUGGGAACCGAGUUGCAACAUUUAUGAUCUAUCUGAGCUCCGUGGAAGCUGGAGGAGCCACUGCCUUCAUCUAUGCCAACUUUAGCGUGCCCGUGGUCAAGAAUGCAGCACUGUUUUGGUGGAAUCUGCACAGGAGUGGUGAAGGGGAUGGUGACACACUUCAUGCGGGCUGUCCUGUCCUGGUGGGAGAUAAGUGGGUGGCCAACAAGUGGAUACAUGAGUAUGGACAGGAGUUCCGCAGACCCUGCAGCUCAAGCCCUAAAGACUAAAACGUUGGCAGAGAGAAGCCGGUCUAGUCCUGUGACUUUCCGGAGAAGCCAGAAGCCAAAGGCCAGGCUAGGAGAGGAGAAAGGAGAGCUACCUUCUGGAAG